UUGUCGGUGGCAGCCGCAGCGGCCGCAGCGAUCGAGGAGCAGUUCUACGCUGAUGACUUACUUCUCUCAGGUGACGAUGAGCACAGGAUCGCGCAGGUCGCCCUGGAGGUAGACAGAGUCCUGCGCACAGCUAACUUUCAUCUACACCAGUCUAAAUGGCGUUGGGUUCCCAGUAAUGAAAAUCCUGCAGAUUUGCUUUCAAGGGGAGUUUUACCAGACAAAUUGGUUAACUGCACAUCUACCUCUAAAUUCUGGUUUGAAGGUCCAACAUUUCUGAGUAAACCACAAGAACAUCCCGGCACGAGAGUAGUUCAAUGCAGCCUGAAUAGACAAAAACCAGUAAAGGCCGCAGUGCUGAUCUUUGGAGACCAGCUGGAGAUCAUCCAUGAUCCACAGCUGGUUACCGCAACAGAAGCGGCAGUACUUCUCAUUGCAGGAAAUUUAAAACUGGGAGUCGUGUCAGUUUACCUCGAGGGAGAGCAAGAUCCCUACCUUAGGCGAAUCCAAUCAGCUUGCGCAAAACUUCACACAAAUAACAUCAUAGUGGCUGGAGACAUAAAUGCUUGGAGCCGAUGGUGGGGAAGUAAUUCCGAAGAUGAAAAAGGCGCGGCAUGUAACACCUUCCUCAAUGAAAUGGAUCUCCAUAUUCUCAACACGGGUGACACGCCUACCUUCGAAACAUACAGAAGGGGAAGAAUUUGUUCGAGCAUAGUAGACGUCACUGCUUGCAGUUCGUCACUUCUCGGCAAUGUGGAGGACUGGAGAGUGGAGAGAAGCCUAAUUACAUCAGACCACAACGCGAUUAUGUUUACACUGCGCACCAAAGCGGUCUUGACACAAUUACGGCCCUGUAUAACGCGCAAAUACAACACCAGAAAGGCAAACUGGUCGGACUUCUCAACACGCUUUAGAUCCCUUCUAAAAGAAAGAGCCAUAACUCCCACACUAAUUGAGGAGGCGGAAAUCGAUGACGAUCUGGAAUCCAUCACAAUAGCCUACACAAAAGCAAUCCAGGAAUCUUGUGAUGAGACUAUUCCGAAGUGGGCAUGA